AUGGACGGUGAUGGAGACCUGGAUGCUGUGGAGCUCACCCGGGACUCGCUGAAGUUUUGGAGGCGCAAGCUAAAGCAGCCAAAACUAGGCAAAAGCGACAUGAAGACUUGCGAGGCCAAAAGGGUUCAUGGCUUGUCCCAGAUUUUUUCGCCGAGGCAGGUGGGUGUGCAAGACUUCAUCGAGCGCGAGGUGAAAGACCAGGACAUUGUGGAGACAUUUACAGUGGCCGACUGGGACCAAGAUGGGAGGAUGGACCUCUUGUUCUUGGAUAUGCUGGUCGAUCCCACGGACCUCAUGCGGGAGACCUUGUCCGUGGAGCUCUGGCAGUCGGGCGCAAGCCUGUACGCGAAGACCGUGCUUUUCAGAGAAAGCGAGAGCACGCAUUUUAACUUCACCUCGGCGUCCCGGAAAGCCGCAAUGCAGCUGGUGCACUGGGAUGGCCGGCCGGAGAGGUCCAUCCUCUUCACGGGCCUGGCAGACGGACAUCAGCGACUGCUGGAGGAUGAAGGCGGCGGCAACUUCACCAUGAGAUUCCUUUCACAAGCGCCCCUCGGCGCCUGCGUCGCAGUGGAUGCCGACCACGACGGCGAUUCGGAUCUGUACUGUGUGGACAGCGCGAACGUGAGCUUCCACCGGAGCAUCGGCGGGGAGGGGGCUUUUGAGAAGGUGGCGGAAGUGCAGAGCCCACAACCUGGUGCUGUGUGCACCCUGCAGACCUUGAGCGGAGACCCACGGCACCAGGUAAGCUUGGCACUGGUGUGCGAGGAAGAUGGCAGCUUCACAGCUUACACGGCAAGUGGAGCUGCAGAGGCCGCUAUCCACGACCUUCAGCCAAUGGUCGGCUGGGCGAACUCGCCCUACUGGCCCUACUUUGUGGAUUGGGAUGGAGACGGAGCUCUGGACGCAGUGGCCGAGCGCAAGAACAUCGCGCGCGACGGCAUGCGGCUCUUCUCCCUGGGGCACUGUGUGAGCCCCUGCAACGGUGGCCGAUGCGAAGCUGACGGCCGUUGCAGCUGUUUGCCGGACAGGGCUCUGGAGGAUUGCUCUGGCUGCAGGACGGAGCACGCAAUGGCCAUCGACGGCUCGUGCUUGCCGUGCCCAGGUUUUGGGACGCUACAGGGCACCUGUAGCCGCCGUGGUAGAUGCGAAGACGAUGCCUUCGCCAUGAGCCAAGCCCGGGGCAACAGCUCCAACAGCUCCUUGCUGCUGGAGCGUGGGAGUGCGAGCUGCGACUGCAACCCUUACUUCUCUGGCCAGGACUGCUCCCUGGGCGAAUGCCCUCCGGGCAUGGAGCUCCAAGAGGACCUCGGGGCCUGUGCCGACUGCGCUCCGGGCAUGUACAAGCCGCAGGCUGGGAACUGGGCGUGCUUGCGAUGCCAAGCUGGCCGCUUUGCCGACGGCCCGGGCAGCGAGCUAUGCACACCUUGCACCUCUGGUCUCGUUCGCUAUACGUCAGCAGCCGGAGAGGACCAGUGCGAGCCUGACACCUCCAGUGUCUUCAUUGCCGCCUUGGGCAUGCUCAGCUGCCUUGCCGGCUGCUUGCUGGUACCCAUCCUGCUGGGCACCGAAAUCCCGGUCCAAGACAUCAGUUUCAAACGAGGGCAAGGCGUCCUUGUGACGACCAAAGGCCCGCACCUCAUCCGACCAAGCAAGGAUGGCCCUGCGGUCUUCUGUGAAGGAACCGGCGUGCCAGUGCUGGACCGACCAGAAGCCCGUGGCAAGCUGAAAGGGAUCGUGCUAGACGCUCGAUCGCUCCAGCUCUGCAUGGAGGACGGCGAGACCCUACAGGAAGCUGCCAACAGUUCGUGUGGAUGGCUGCGGAUGCCUCUCAGGGAUGCCCUCCUCUUCAGCAGCCUCGGGAGCUGUCCCAUCUUGGCGGUGGUCCUGGUCCAACUCGCCCUCUUCAUGGCGGCUGCGGUGUAUAGCCAGCUGCACCCUGGGCUUGCGGCGCUGACCGUGCUUGUGGGCCUUCUGCUUUCUGGGAUCUUUCGGCAGUUCCGCGGGCCCUGGGCCGCUCGUUACAGCCUGCUGCGGAAGGCCCACAGGAAGUACCUCUCGCGACUUCAGCGCCGCCAGUCUCGGCCGGAGCGGACCCCUCGCGGAUCAAGGAGAGCCAUCACCCUCGGCCAGCUCUGCGAGCUCCAGGAAGCGUUCCAAAGCUUCUUGUAUGACCGGAACAUGUACUAUAUCUGCCACAACAUCGUGCGACCUCUCACGGAGAAGGACAAAGUCUCCUUUGCAGAGCUUUCCGGCCCUCACGAUGCGCAGUACUUCGUGAGCCACUACUGGGGCACUUCCUUUCAGGACUACAUCCGCAGCAUCUGGAAGCAGGCCGAGUCCAGCACGCGCGGCGGAGAAAAGCCAGGCUUUCUGAUGCAACAGACCGCUUACUGGAUCUGCACCUUCGCCAUCAACCAGUGGGAAGUGCUGGAAGAAGUUGGAUCUGGUCACGGCAACGGUUGGCAGAACUCGUCCUUCUACCUCGCCUUGCGAAGUCCUAUAAAGGCAACCCUCAUGAUCUUGGAUGAAGAUGUCAUUCCCCUCACGCGCUCGUGGUGCCUCUUUGAACUCUUCCAGAGCUUCCAGCUCAGCGCCCAGGAUCCCAACUUCCAGAUCUUCUUCUGCACGCAAUCCGGGGUACUCAACCAUGGCAACUGCAGCGUGGAUGCGGCGAUGGCGAUUUCGGACAAGCUGGUGACACUUCGGCUGGAAAACGCUUCCGCCUCCGAAGAGAAAGACAAGAAGAUGAUUGAUGAGCUCAUCCAGAAGGAGGAGGGUGGCUUCGAGGCCGUCAACGCAGCGCUGAAGAUGCGCAUUUCUGAGAUCCUGCAGGCCACGGAGCAGCACCUCAGCGUUGAGCUCGCGCGCCUCGCGACGGGCCUGAAGGCUUCCCUGGAAAGCGAGGAGACUGCCAUCGAAUUUUAA